AUGAUCAACCUAGAAUUUAAAAAAUCGCCAUGUAAACCCAGCCAGUCCAACCAAUUAUCAACAUACGCACUCAAUAUAUACAAGCAUCAAAUGACAAUAGAAGAUCGUUUAAUUGACGUCGACUUUUGGGAUACCGCGGGUCAGGAGAGAUUUCAGAGCAUGCAUCCAUCUUACUACCAUCAAGCACACGCAUGCAUCCUCGUUUUUGAUGUGACGCGGAAGAUAACUUACAAAAAUUUAAACAACUGGCUAUCAGAACUACGGAAGUAUCGUCCAGAAAUUCCAUGUUUCUGCGCAGCGAACAAAAUUGAUACCGAUACUGAGGUGACGAAUAAAGCAUUCAACUUUGCGAAGAAAAACAGCAUACCCUUCUACUUCGUGUCUGCGGCGAAUGGUACGAAUGUUGUGCGAGUGUUUACAGACGCAGUUCGAGCGGCUGUGGCAUACAAAGAAGAUUCGACAGACCCCUUAGACCAAAUUAUGGAGGAACUUGAAGUUAUGGAGCAAAACCAUGAAGUAAAUGAUGGUGAAUCAUCUUACGCCGAUCCCCUGUCGUAA